AUUCGCCACAUAAUUGUAAUAUUUCGUUGUAAAUGUUUUCAACGCUGAAUUCGUUAUCUCACAGAAGACAAUAUUAAAAAUAGCUCGAUGGACGGGUAAACAGAGUUAUGUAAUGGGUGCUUAGUGCAUCUGUGGAUGCAUCGUGCUGUAUAUGAGUUGAGGAUGCUAGAUCAGAUUGCGUUUGAUGGAGUGACUUACUUUUUGGGACACCAUGUCAGGGGUCACACUUGACCAGGAAUAGAUUCAGCAUUUAUUGAUAGGCCGCCCUGCGGUCACUUACUCCCAUGGCGCGGUUAAUUUUAAUUUGUGUCAUAGUGAGUGCUUAUCUAGGUGGCAUAUUUUCGCAGGAAAAAACAGAGGUUGUUUCUAAUACUGAAGAUCCAUCUCUGUCCAACUCGAUACUUAAAGGAGCAACAAAGUCGGGAACUUUGUUUGAUUACCAAACUAGAGUAGUAGCUUAUAAAGAUCUCAUAGAAUCAAGAUGUUUGAUAGAAUUUUUAAAAGCUAGCGAAAGCUACAUUGGACAGUCGAACCAUAAACCACGGCUGGAUAAUGUCACCAAGAAUUUUUUUAUGACUGAAAAUCAGCUCUCCAAAAGACAAAUAUGGACAAUAGCUGGGCAAAGAGUUGUAGAUUUUUGUCGCGGUUUUCCAACUUAUCUCAUCCACGAUUUAAAAACAAACGACCAAAACAGUAUUUUUCAAGACAGUCUAAACGAGGGUAUUGCCGCAAGAAAAAAACGUGCAACUAAACAUUUUUUCGUUGGAAGGGUUAGAGGACAAACACAAUCACAAUAUCUAAAUUAUGGUAACAGCAAAGAUCCUGGAAAAGCUGAAGCCGAAUCAAGUUAUGGAAGUUCAAAGGCAGUAGUCAGUGGUAGUAGCGGAAUGGGCCAAGCCCAGAGUCAAAGUGUUCCAGUGGGUUGUGACGAAUGUUAUGGCGAAGGUUACGAUCAAGAACAAGGGCUUUAUUAUGGAAGACCUGGGGGUACACCGGAAUUUCCGGGAGAACAAUAUCGCAAGCCUGGAAGACCUAGCAUUCCGGGAUAUCCAGCUGAACCUGGAGGAAGACCCGGAGUUCCCGGAUAUCCUAGAGGGCCAGAAGAAAGACCCGGAUAUCCAGGAGGACCCGCAGUUCCCGGAUAUCCGGGAUUACCAGGAGGUAGACCCGGAAUUCCUGAAUACCCGGGAGCACCAGGGGGACGACCUGCAAUUCCUGGAUAUCCAGGAGGACCAGAAGGAAGACCCGAAAUUCCAGGAUAUCCAGGAAAACCAGAAGAAAGACCUGGCGUUCCGGGAUUUCCAGGGAGACCAGAUGGGCGGCCUGGUGUGCCAGGAUAUCCAGGAAGACCAGGAGAACGACCAGAAAUACCCGGAUAUCCUCAUAUACCUGAGGGAAGACCAAGAAUUCCUGGAUAUCCAGGAAGACCCGAAGAAAGACCUGCAUAUCCAGAGGGACCAGUAGAAAAACCUGGAAUUCCUGGUUAUCCUGAGGGACCAGAAGGUAGACCCGGAUUUCCAGGACGACCAGAAGAAAGACCUGUAGUCCCCGGCUACCCGAGUUUACCAGGGGGAAGACCGGGAGUACCGGGUUAUCCAAGAGGACCGGAUGGACGGCCAGCAUUUCCAGGGUAUCCACAACCUGGAGUUCCCGGAUAUUCAAAACAACCCGGACAACUACCUGGAGUUCCCGGAGUACCAGGAUAUCCCGGUGAACCCGAAGCAAAACCUGGUGUACCAGGAUACCCUCGACCGGGAGUUCCUGGGUACCCUGGGGGAGAAAUACCGUCGCAUCCAGGAGGAGAAAAGCCCGGAUAUCCGCUUUCACCUACUGGACCUGGAGUACCGGGUUACCCUGGUUAUCCUGGCUACCCACAGUACCCUACAGGGCCUUCUCCAGGACUACCAGAAGGUCCUUCACGGCCCGGUUAUCCUAGCGGUCCGGAAAAGCCAGGAUAUCCUCCAACUGAAGGCUAUCCAUUAAGACCGGGAUAUCCAACACCACCCAGCUAUCCAGUGCCGGGAGAAGUGGGAUAUCCUACUCCACCUGGAAAAGUUUCCACCGGCAAAUUUAGUGGACAACUUUCCGGAGAUUAUGAAGCAGAAGUUGGACAAAGGGGUAAAUUUUCUGGAAUCUUUUCCGGACAAUAUGAAGCUCAUCAUAAUGGAAAAAUUGCCGGAAAAUAUGUUGAUGGAAAAUACUAUCCAGGCCAGCCUGCAGGUCCUAGUUACCCGGGAUAUCCCGGCUUACCAACUCCACCAGGUUAUCCUGGACCUGCACCUUAUCCUACUGCACCCGGCGGCGUAGGCAAAAUCACGUAUCCCGUAGGACCUGGUGGAGUACCGGGUUACCCUGGAACACCAACUUAUCCAAGCAUUCCCGGAUAUCCAACACCCGGACACCCAGUAACAGAACCGGGAUAUCCAGGAGUACCAAGUUACCCGGGAGCACCACGUCCAGGAGUACCAUCCGGCCCAAGCGGUCCAAGUUAUCCCGGUGGUCAAAUCCCCGGCUAUCCAGGAGUACCAUCACCGGGUUUCCCAGGAGGUCCACCUCCAGGUUAUCCAGGAGUUCCAACGGCAGGUUAUCCAGGAAUUCCAACUGGCCCAGGGGUUCCAAGUUACCCUGGAGGUCCUUCUGUUAGUUUUCCCGGAGUACCAUCAGUUCCUCCAGGAGUUCCAAGUUAUCCAGGAGCUCCAUCUCCUGGCUAUCCAGGAGCCCCAUCUUCUGGCUAUCCAGGAGCUCCAUCGCCUGGCUAUCCAGGAGCUCCAUCGCCUGGCUAUCCAGGAGCUCCAUCGCCUGGCUAUCCAGGAGCCCCAUAUCCUGGUUAUCCAGAAGCUCCGACUCCAAGCUAUCCAGGAGCUCCAACCCCUGGUUAUCCAGGAGCUCCGUCUCCGGGCUAUCCAGGCGCACCAGCCCCGGGUUACCCAGAAGCCCCAUAUCCGGGCUACCCAGGAGUUCCAUCUCCUGGCUAUCCAGGGGCUCCAUCUCCUGGUUAUCCGGGCGUACCAUCAGGUCCAGGUAUUCCAAGUUAUCCACAAGGUCCACCUCCAGGUGCUCCUGGUUAUCCAGGAGUUCCAACAGGUCCAAGUUAUCCCGGAGCGCCAGGAGGACCCGGCUACCCCGAACCAAGACCAGGUCAACCAGGUUAUCCAGGAGUACCACCCGGUUAUCCCGGAGCCCCAGGCGAAACUCCAAGUAGGCUCACUUAUCCUGGAGCUCCUGGCCAACCCGGAUAUCCCGGUGCACCAACGGGAGAAGAAGCCGACGGUGCCGACUCUCAAGUACAAACAUCCGUCCAACAAACCAAUAACGAAACACAAGCAAGUGCUCAAGCUCAAGGACGAUACGCUGGAGGAAUGGCCCAGUCUCAAGUUUCCGGUACUUACAGCGGUUCCGGUUCUUUCAGUGCUUCAGCUGGAAGUGAUGAUGGCAAAAAAGGGGCAUUAUCACAAGUUUCCGGGGGUAAGGAAGGUGCAUUGAGCUCAGCUCAAGGAAGAGGCGGCUUGGGUCAAAGUCAAGCACAAGUUCAACUAGCAUCAGAAAGUGGUGAUACCAUAUCAAGUGCUCAGACGGAUGGAUGGAACCACGGUUCGCAAACACAGGUACAAGCAAGUGGGAAAGGAGGAAUGGCAGAUGCUCAAGCGAACGGACCUGGAAGCACCUCGUCUCAGGCUCAAAUUGGGUUCACUCCGUAUGACGAAAACGAAAGAAACGACCAAUCGACGCCUUUUAGAGGCGGAGGAACAGCAAGUGCCCAAAGUGGUACUUACUCAGGACAAGCCCAAAGUCAAAUCCAGGGGAAGUUUCAAUACGGCAUUAAAUACACGGGAGCUGCACAAGCCGGUUCAGGGAGCAGAGACACAAUAGCUUUGGCUCGGAACCAGUCAAGACCUGAAGGACUUACAGGAACCUUCCCAAAAUUCACACCUUUGAAUUUCACUUCUGGGCGAAACCCAAACACUAAUCCACAAGACUUACUGAUGCAAACUAGCCGAAAAUCAGUUCAUAAAACACUAAGUAUGGACGUAGCAACCCAAAAGGCACCAACUGAAGACCAAACUGUUCCAAUCCCUGACGAAACCGAAGACACAGCUACAGAAGACUACCAUGACGAAGACUACGACUACGACUCAGACUACUCCACCCAAAAACCCAUAACCAAAAGCAUAAUCUCCCAAUCCUCCAAAACGCAACGCCAGCACAUCGUGCUCGACCCUCUCGAAGACCUCGAUGCCACAGUGCAACAAAGCUACGGGUACCCUCCCGAUGGUACCAUCCUCCAACCUGGAGAAACGAUUCCUGGCUCUCCCGGCUACCAGAUCCCUGCCGGGUUCCGGGGACGUGUCAAGGCCAUCGCUAACGGGCCGAACACCUACGCCACGGGCAGAAACUCGCAAGCUCAGAGUGUGACACUGACACCAGGGACUGGACGCAUUAUUUACAAAAAACCGAUCUAUGCAGUCACCUCUAAUUCGCACCAAAACGGACAUAUGGGCUUCGGGUCGGGAUAUACUUAUCAACCGGCGACGUAUCAAGUCAAGAGCGGGAAAUCUCUACCGAAUUUUAUUUCCCUGAGCAAGUCGGAAACAGGGUCUAAGAACCCUUACACUGGACAAAAGACCCCGAAGGUGUAUUAUGCCCAGUCUUCGAGUUGUGGGGUUUUCACGAAUACUUGCGUUUUUAAUGGAAGUGGAAAACUGUGCUUUCCCAAGCCCAAGACUAACCCCGAUGGGAGUUUUAUGACGUGUUGAGGGUUGUUUGUAUUGUAAGUUAAUUAAGGUUUUGUAAAUUAUGUCGUGUCAUAAGUUUUAAAUAAAGUUUUUGAUUAUUU